AUUAAUUGAAAAAGUAUGAAUAUUUUGAACGCAGUUACAUUUAUUAUUUAUGGUCUCCAUUUCUUGUCUCUGGUACAUAUAUCGUUUUUCCUUUUCCGGUUCUGCAUCGAAGCUGUAACCAUGCCGCUCGCAAUUGAUUUGCUGCACCCUUCGCCCGCGUCGGAGAGGAGGAAGCACAAGCUCAAAAGGCUAGUGCCCCAUCCUAACUCCUAUUUCAUGGACGUGAAAUGCCCUGGUUGCUACAAAAUCACAACGGUAUUCAGUCACGCGCAGAGAGUAGUGGUAUGUGCUGGGUGUUCGACAAUUCUCUGCCAACCCACUGGUGGCCGCGCUAGAUUAACUGAAGGAUGUUCGUUUAGGAGAAAACAACAUUAAUUUUACCUGGAGAGAGAGCCCUACUUUUAAGAUUUGCAUUUUAUUUUCCAAUCGUACGAAUGAGUGAUAUUUUUCUUAUUCAUUGGAUUUGUUAAAGCAUUACAAAUAAAGGCUUUUUCAAAAGGUA